UGACAGUAACCCAGGUACGAAUUUACCUGCGCUCGUCCCAGUUCAAAAGAAAGCAAAUGGCGGAUUGAAACAUACAAGUAACAGCGACCUUGUCACAAGUAACAAUGAGGAGAGUUGUGCUGCUGGCAUGCAUGCUGUGCUGCACCGGAAUACUGGCAGUAACACGGCCACCAGGAGUCUACAUUCAGCCAAGAUAUGAUGUGUUCUUCAAAGCCGGGGAAACUGUGGAGAUGCCAUGUGUUGCCGAAGGCAUACCCAACCCCAGGUACACAUGGCAAAAGAAUGGAAUUGAUUUCAACCCAAGUGGUAAUGAUGACCGAAUGGUCCAGCUUGCCAAUGUUGGAACCAUCGUCAUCAACAGACCAGAAGACAAAGAUGAGGGGAUUUUCCAGUGUUUUGCUGAGAAUGAUUAUGGCACAUCAGCAACCAUAAACAUCAACCUGCGUGAAGCAAAGCUGAAAGAGUUUGAUGUGGAAGCAGACGUGACAUUCUCACCAUAUUUGGGGGAAUCUCAGACCUUGAACUGCGUGGCCCCAGAGAGUAUUCCCCCUCCGGAGGUGUACUGGGUCAUCAAGGAGCAGUAUGGCGGCUUUACACCCAUCAACUUCGAUGCCAGAGUCACCAUGGAUCAUGAGUCUCGUCUGCGUAUCACCAAUGUCAAGGCUAUUGACAGUCAAGAUGGAAAAGCCUAUGCCUGUAUGGCCAUGAAUGGAAUUGUGCGUAAAAACACGCAGGGAGCGCGCCAGUUUAUUACACCACGGGGAUCUUCAGAAGUUCAGAGACCAGUCACCUACAUGUGGGCUUCCCCGACUGACCAUUUCGGACUACGUGGGGAUGAAUUCAGGAUCAAGUGUAUAUUUGCUGGAAAUCCCACACCAGACGUGCACUGGGUGCGCCCUGAUGGCAAACCUUUGCCCGACUACGCCAAGCAGAGUAGCUUUGGGCAGGAACUUGUGUUUUCAAGUUUGGAGUUUUCUGAUGGAGGAGACUACGAGUGUUGGGCUACCAAUGAUCUGUCCCCUCAGAGAGUUCAGAGAACCAUGUCCGUGAGAGUGGAGUCACGUCCCUACUGGAUUGACGAACCAAAAGAUGUGGAGUUGGGUAUUGGAGGGACUGCUCGAUACAAGUGCAAGGCAAAUGGAAUGCCUCGGCCUGAUGUGAAGUGGUUUAUCAACGCUGUACGCCUGGAAGAUGCCAUCAUAGAUAAUCGGUUCAAGAAAAUCGCGUUUGAUGAGGUUAUGAUGGUGAAUGUCACCAAGGAAGACGCCAUGGUGAUCCAGUGUAAUGUCACCAACAAGCACGGCUACAUCUGGGGAGAUUUCUAUCUCAACGUACUAUCCGAAGCCCCGACUAUCAUGGUGCCCCCAGCUGACCAGAUGGUGGUUGCAGAGAGUCAGUCUGCCAACCUGACAUGUCGUACCACCGGCAAGCCUGACCCCCAGAUCACCUGGUUCAAAGAGGGACGGCAGAUCACGGGAGGGCGGUAUCGGACUUUACUCAACGGCGACUUACACAUAGAGAUGGUGGUGUUGGCUGAUGCUGGGAAUUUCCUCUGUGCUGCUGAAAACAUAUAUGGCAGUCAGAAUGCUAGUGGUAUUUUGAUGGUGAGGCGUAAAACUCAGAUUGAGCAACGCCCUCUUGACCUGGAAGUGAAUGCACAGCUGGAUGCCAAGUUCACAUGUUCGGGGACGACUGACCCAGAGGAGGUCCAGAACCUGAAGAUCAAGUGGAUGAAGGACAACAAGGACAUCACAGCCAAUGACCAGAGAAUGACCACCAACAACCAGGACAACUCACUCACCAUCAGCGGCACCAUCGUCCGUGACUCUGGCACCUACACCUGUAUAGCUACCAACGGUCUGGACCAAUCAACUGCUUCAGCCAUGCUUACAGUCAAAGACCGACCUGAUGCCCCAGUGAAUACCCGGAUAGAAUCUUGCGAGCAGGGCAAUGCCACCAUCCGCUGGACACCAGGCAGCUACAACAACGCCCCUGUUCAGUACUUCAUUGUGCAGUACAACACCACAUUUAAUCCAGACCAGUGGAUCUAUGCCAUGAAAGUGGAGUCCCAGAAGACCAGUGCUAAUAUCACGCUGUCCCCCUACUCUAACUACACAUUCCGCGUCCUGGCCUACAACAAGAUUGGGGAAAGUGACCCAAGUUUCCCCACUGUCAAGAUUUGCAGAACCAAUCCAGCUCGACCUUUCACACAUCCACAAAAUCUCCGGACUAUUGGUGAUAGGAAGGGUGAACUCCAUAUUGAAUGGACUGCCAUGCCCCAGAUCCAGCAGAAUGACAAAGGCUUCCAUUACAUCCUGCAGUUCAAACGACAGGGAGAUCCGGACUCCUUGAUGGUCACAAAUCCUAUAGAUGAUUGGACAAGAUAUAAUUUCACAUAUGCCACCUCCGAUGUCUACAGGCCCUACGAGAUCACACUGAAAGCUAAGAACAGUAUUGGAGAAGCAUUGCAAGAUGCUGUCACUAUCACUGGCUACUCAGGAGAAGAGAUUCCUGGUAUAGUGCCAACAGGUCUCCAGGCAACACAGAUUAAGGACACCACGGCCAUCUUGUCUUGGAACUUUGACAUGGGUGUUGUCGAUGUUGAGGCUACUUCAAUAAAUGGAGAGUUCAGAGGAUUUAAAGUGCAGAUGUGGCGCCGUAAUCUCCGGGAGACCACGAUGCGAGAAUGGGACAUAACCAGGGAGGAAGUGGAAGCAAAUCGUAUUGGUAAUCAAAUCUUUGCCACGGUGGACUACCUUCUCCCCUACACGUAUCUGGAGGCACGUGUUGCUGUCAUGAACAACUACUAUGUAGGACGGCCCUCCGACAUUGUACAGUUCCGCACAGAUGAGGGAGUUCCUGGUCCAGUUGAGUUCUUCAAGUUCCGCAACAUUGGUGACAAUCAUUUCAACCUGGAGUGGGGCUCUCCGAUGGAUGAAAAUGGAGAAAUCAUAGGAUAUGACAUGGGUUACCAGACAGUGUCUGGCCUUGACCUUGGGAAGAUGCAAGACAGAGAACCCCAGAUCAGCAAUCGCUUCCAGACAUCCGAGAUCCUGAGUGGCCUCCUUCCCAACACAAAGUACCGAGUGUACAUCUGGGCACGUACCUCCAAGGGUCGUGGGGAUGGAUACUUCAUUGAGCUGACAACAUCGAGAGCUGGAAAUCCGGAGGCCCCGCGCUACACUAUUGCCAAUAUUGGGGAGACCAACAUCAACGUGACGUGGUGGGUGAACCCAUACGCUCGGUCGGGGACUGUCAUCUUCGUGGAGUACAGGAAGGAAGGUGCCCCGGAGUGGCAGAAGUCCACAGAUGAGGUCGUCAACACAUGGAAGAACAUCACAGACCUUGAGUCAGGAACCACAUAUGACAUCCGUGUUGUUGCAACCAAUGGCAAGCAAAGGACAGAGUCGUACAUUGAGCAGGUCACCACCCUUGGAGUUGCGGCUGCAUCGGCUCUGGUGGGAAACAUCGGCUGGUUUAUUGGAAUGUUGGUAGCUCUCGUGUUACUCAUCAUACUCGUCGUCCUCGCCUAUGUUGUCAUCAAGAGAGGCUAUGAGAUGGGAGGAACUGGGACCUCCAGGACAGAGGGUCGUUAUCCAGAAGCUACUUAUACAGGUAUAAGGGUGUCGGGAAAAGAUACUUCUGAUUCAGAACAUGAGCCAUACACCUCCCGCAUCCCGGAUCGGUCCAGCGACUUCGGAUCAGAGCCCCGUGGCUACAACAACGAUUACUAUGAUGACCGAGAUAACAACAGCUACUAUGACUAUGACCGUGAUGCUGACAGCAUGAGGAAGAGCCAGACAUCGCUGAAUGAUAAACAUCCGCCAAGUUACCACAGUGAGAAGGACCGCUACUCGGGCCAGUACUACGAUGACGAUGACUAUGCCCGCGACGCGUAUGAGGACUAUGACAGGAAGCCGUCACACCGAGAUGAGAAGUAUGACCGUGAUGAUCACCCGGGCAACUCACAAGGUGGGGAUGGAGGGGCACGAGCCUCAUCCUCUUUUGUUUGAAAACCAGGGACUCUGACUAGCAGUGAUUUGCUGAUAAUGGUUUGAAGACAUUUGUUUUAUGUAAAAUUUGGAGAAUUUCUUUAACCCAAAACAUUUGUUAUUUUAAUGUUAUAUUAUGACAUUAUGAUAUUUUGAUGUCAAAUGUUCAUUUGAAAGAACUUUUAUAAUAUUCUUUUAUACCGCAAUGAUGCUCUGUGUGUAUUUCUGCCAGAUGGCAUUGAAUGUUCAUCGUCAUGUUUUGAAGAUCUGUUUUAGUCACUCUGUCAACCACUCCCCUGUCCCCCCCUACCCCACACAGGUGGCUUGUGAGCAUUGCUGCUCAGGAAGUACUUGCCAGACUGAUAUGUACAUAAGAAUCAUUACUUAUUCUUAGCAAAACAAAUUUCUUGUGAUCAUAAGCAUGAUGAAUCAAGAGACCACUGCACUUAAACAAUGUAUAUUUUAUGGUGCUUCAAAGACAAUUUUCAACAAUAUGGAAACCCUGAUCCAUCAGAAAGAUCUAAAUAGUGUUGCUUAUUCAAAUUUGUUUCAACAUGUUUUCUAUGGUAGUGUUAGUUAUGUUAGUAUGUACCAGAAUAUUCAUUAUUUAGCAACUAGAUGACAUCCUUUUAGAAAGCCAGGCUUGAGCUUGAUGUACAUUUAAAUGGUAGUUUGAUCAUAGAUGCCCCAAUUGACAUAUCAAUGAAAGUGUAAAUUGUCAUGAUGUACAUAGUGCCUAAUAUUUCAUCAAUGAUGAUCGUUCUAGUAUUGAUCAUUGUCAGAUUUAUGAACAUUAUUUUACGAUAUAUUUUAAAUGUUAUAUACCGUUCAAUCAUUGAAUUUUCUCUCAUACUUAUUGCCUUCAUCAUGUGAGCAUGCCUAACAUAUACAUAUGUACAAAAGCAAAAUGAUAUUUUGGAAUUGUGGAAUACAUUUGGAAUAUUAGUUAUUCUAAAUUCAAUUUUGAAUUUGUAAGCAUUGUAAGAAUUGAAUAAUUACAUUUUAUUUUUUUAGUAUGUAACAUCAUGUUUUUGAGAAAUGACAUGUACUUACGAGUAAUGCUUUGACAGUGAUGAAGUUGUUUGAGGAUCUCUUUAAAAUUUAAGGCCAGAUGUUUCCGACCAUCAUCAUUAGAAUCAUUGGGAUGGGUGGGCCAUUUUAUACUUGUAAAUAGUGGACAUUGUACAAUUAUGUUGAAGUAUUUCAUAUCAACAUUCCAGAAUAAAGUUUUGUAAUUAA